AUGCCAUUUCGAAGGGGCUUAUUUCAUUCUCAUACCUUUGAAUUUUGGUGUUUCAACUUGUAUAAAUGUCUAUCAAACAAUUUGCAAGCAGCCUUAAAUGUAUUCUCCAAGAAAAAAUGGUUUAAGAAGCAUGUUAAUGUUUAAAACACAAACAUAGCAAGUUUCAAUAGUUUGAAAAGCAUACAUUUAUUUGUCUUUAUGAAAAGAAUUAAAUGUUAAACUCCUUGGAGCAGAAAAAGAAUAUAGGAAUUAAAAAGGAUUAUUAUACUUCAAUAACAUUAUAUUUUAACCAAUGAAAUGAUUCCAUCUCAAUUCUUAAUGUUGAUUUUAAAAAUAUGA